GAAGUUGUUUAUUUCAUUGGGACCUAACGUAGACAAUACUUGCAGAAAUCAUUUCAAUUUCUAAUUAUAAUUCUCAAGACAUGACUAAAUUUGAAGUGACAAUUAUUUUCGCCGUUUUCUUGAAAACAAUGAUCAUGACCACAUUUUCGGAGUCCACAGACACGACUAUGUUUCACCAAACUAACGACAAAAUACUAAACAUCCUUGACGACUUGUUCCUUGCCUUGAAAAUCAAUAGAAACGUUUCAAAACUCAAAAACGUACAAGAGUAUAUGCCUCAGCACAGUCUUAUACAAGACGAGCUUUAUAAAAACCAUAAAACAUAUAAAGAAAUACGCGAUAUAAGUAAAACGAAUAUUAGCCAUAAAACUGCUUAUUACAUUUCAAACGUUAACGAAGUUGUUGACGAAAUGAUAAGGAAUGAAAUUAUAAUAAAACACGAAAAUGAUACGAGUAACAACACAUUGAGUGAAAGACAAGACUUUGUUAACUUGGCGAGAAGAUUUAAUUUAAAUGUCAAAACAAUUGCUGCAACUGUUCUUAAGUUACCAAGCACAAAGAAACUUAGCAAAGAUGAGGCGCGGCGUAUCUUCGAAGGCAGUAGCACGGGUAUCAAGCGAUACCCGUUCAUGGUGAGCGUGCAGCUGGCGGGGCGCUUCGUAUGUGCCGGCUCGCUGGUACACGAGAGCUUGGCGCUCAGCACGGCCUCCUGUCUCAUGCGUCCUUCAGAUUUAAAUGCACACGUUCAAAUCCGAGUAGCCAGCGACUUCGUCAGCAAAAAGGGCUACCUCAUAAACAUAGACGAGCUAAUCUUCCAUCCGCAGUUCAACCGGAAAACUCUGGCUAACAACUUAAUGCUUCUACGGACUCGGAAAGCACUGCGAUUCAGACAACAGCGCGUGGUAGCCAUCCAGUACGACACGGCGGCAACAAGCGCUCUGAAACCCAGCGUCAAAAACGUCGUCAUACUGGGCUGGGGUCGAAGAAAGACAGAUGAAGCAGACCUGCCUGAAGAAGACAGACCGCUUUCGGAAGCAAAAGUCGAACUUUACGACUUUAGUGCCUGCCAGUAUAUUUACACAAAAGAGUUCGUUACUGAUAAGGCUUUCUGCGCUGGGUUCGUUGACCGAGGCGCGGGAGCAUGCAACCACGAUGCCGGCGGACCGGCACUGGUGGACAACGUGUUGGUUGGAGUUAUCAGCUUCGGCUCCCCGCACUGCGGCGCCGCAGAAGCACCCACGGUCUUCACUCGCCUCAGUCCUUACGAUAAGUGGAUCGAAAGCGAGUUCCAGAAGCUUUCCCAGGUAACAAACCACGGCACUUGUUGCCAACGUAGGAGCAGGGCCGGAUCUAGGAAUUCAAAAAUCUCAUCCGAGAUUAAUGAACUGAGGGACUUUACUGAAAACAAUGAAAAGGAUGAAAUUCUAAACGUAGACGAAGCUAUGAAGGAUGUAUACAGAGAGAACUUCAACGUCAAUGAUGUUCUUUACGGGCCAAUAGAAACGUUAGACGACAACGAAAACCCUAUAAUAGUUAACCAAUCAUUUUUACAUGAUUUCCCCAGCGACCCUAGCAUGUUCCCUAAUCCAGAAUUUGUGGCAAACUUACUUCAAACUGAAACUCCGGAACCAAUCCCCGAUAUACCAGACGAGUACUGGAGAGAUGUGCCGUCAAACGAGCAGACAGAUCCGACAAGCGAGAAUUAUGCACCUGCAGAUCAGUUUGAUACAAGAACGAUGGCUACAAUGACAACAAAUUUAGCAUAUGGCUAUGGCUCACAAGGCAUUUACGAAGACAUCGACGAGUCUACAAAUGAAUAUACUACAACAGAAGCAAGCCUAAUUAAAAAUGACUUUGACAAUACACUUAAUGACAUCAAAACAAACCCUGAUGAAGAAAACUGCGCUAUAUGCAAAAAAGGUAAUAAGAAAGUACCGAAAGCUUCUAAUAGUAUACGCGGAAAUCCAAAAGACUUUGAUGAUUAUCAGACAGAGCCAAUAAGAUUUCAAUACCCAAGAAGAGACCCAAUUGAACUAAAGCAACCAAGAAAAUCUAAAAUUGAAAGAUUUGAAGAUGAUACGGCAGUCAUUGUAAUGUUGGAUUCUGGUACUACUGAGAGAAUUGAAGUGCAUAAGAACGACCCCGUUUACAAAAGAGGAUUUAAAGUGUUAGCAGCUAAAAUUCGGCAAGCUCAGGAGCUUGUUUAG